AUGGAUGACGGUCUAGAACAAUCAUCAGAACUGAGCUCUUCAUCGGCCUCUCAACAACCUUCAUAUUCUUUGCCACUUUCACCAGAUCCAGGUAUUUAUCUACCGUCGCACUGUGUAUCCUCGCCACAAUCCAACGAAACAUUCAGUCGUCUACAAAUGUUAUAUGCAUACCAUAUCAUCGUCUGGCCUAAUUUCACAUCAUGCUUACCACAUUGUGGUAUGUGUCAAACGUUCGCAUCCGAUCCAACAUAUAAUAUUUUUAAUUUGUUUCUCAUUGGUGCUAUUUUACCGCUUGUCGGUUUUUGUGGCCUUAUCGGUAAUGGCCUGAGUGCGUUCGUUUACAGUCGAAAUGGUUACGAAUUCGUUUCAGAAAUGCGUUCAUCGACGAACUUAUAUCUAUGUGCAUUGGGUUGCAGCGAUAGUGCGGUGAUUUGUACUGCAAUAUUUUUGUUCUGUAUCGAUAGUAUUCGACGAUAUUCGCUUCAUUUAUCCACGCUGUUUGGUGCACUCUCGCCGAUCGUCUAUCCGGCCGGAAUGACCGCACAAACUUGCUCCGUUUAUUUCACUUUAGUGGCUGGUGCAGACUGCUUUGUGCAGGUUUGUCUACCGGAACGAUGUCGAAUCGUUGUAUCACGUACAAUAUUCGUCAGAUGUACAAUAUUAUUUGUAGUGGUAUUCAGUGUCGCUUACAAUAUACCGCAUUGUUUUGAGGCAGUCGUGCUCGAAUGUUGGCAUUUAAGCUUUCAAAGUCGCUCAUUCGAAGUGUGCCCUGAUCCAUUUCGUUACUUACCAACUUACAUGUUAGUAUAUUAUAAAUAUAUGUAUUCACUGUUUCUUGCGGUCGGUCCACUAGUGGUGCUUGUCAUACUGAAUUUAUGCAUUAUUGGUGCAUCAGUUCUAUCGAAAACUGCUGGUGGCGGCGAUUCAGAAACAAGUUCAGGUGAUACGAUUGCAUUAGUUCUGGUUGUGCUGCUGUUCAUUGGCUGUAAUGUUGCGGCGUUACUGUUGAACGUUUUCGAGGCAAGACUAGCUGAAUAUUUAGGACCACAUAUCAAUUACGUGGUGGACGCAUCAAAUUUGCUUGUUGUAUUCAAUUCGUCGUUUAAUUUCGUCAUUUAUUUCACUUUUUCGAACGCUUUUCGCACAACACUCAUGCAAUACGCUCGUCGUAACACUAAACCUUUACCAAUUUUGCCCGACGCCGGCGCUAUAGGCGACAAUGUGACCGCCGCAAGGAAAUCGUUAACCUCAUCACAAUCUUCUUCACCACAAACACCACCAUCCUCACCACCUGUUCAACAGCAGAAAUACACCAUCUGUAACAACAAUAACACAAGUAAUAACAUUAUUAAUAGUAAUAAUAAUGAUAUAAAUAAUAGUAAUAAUGAUAAUUAAUAAUAAUUAUUAUUGGUACGCUAAUUAAUUAAUAAUAAUCAACCAUAA